AUGGAGGCAAGGCAUGCGCCAUGGAGAACGCCGCCUCGCCAGGUGUCGUCACGCUUCCUUGUCACCUCUCCGGCCUCCUCUCCCGCAUCCUCGCCCCGCAAUCACCACCGCUCCUCCUCUUCCUCCUUCUCCAGCACCAACACCAGCACCAGCACCAGCACUAGCACUAGCACUAGCACCCUCUCUCGCAGCCUCUGGCCCUCCUCUAAGAAGCAACCCACCACCCUCGCUGAUCACCUCGACAAAGACCGAAAUUCACUCUUCUCAGACCGCAACAACUCUGCCCCACCACCAGAACCACUCUUCCGCCAUAAGAGCUGCUCAAACUACAACAGCCAAUUUGAAACGGACAAUCACUACAAGAACGAGAAGAAGAUCGCAAGAUCAGCGUCCAAGGGCGGAUCCACGCGUUACAUCAGCAAUAAGAUCCCAUCAUACAGAUCCUCCAGUCCUCCCCGUGAUGUAACCCUAACUCCCGGACGGAUCAUUUCAAAUCCUCACCAUAAUAUAACGCUAACUCCCGGACGGAUCAUUGAUAAUGCCGUCGGGCGCGACUAUGCAAGCUCCGAAUCUGAGCGCCGCGAGACAGCCAACGUAUCAACUGCAAGGUCUGUCAAGUCGUCGGCGCUCAUGAGGGCGAGAUCGGUUGGACAGGCAACGACAAUGCAGUGGGCACCAUCACCAGGCCUGCGGCCCCCCUCACCUCCAGCGGUCAAUGCGACGGCAGCAGCGGGAAAGGUUUUGUCAAGCCUGCGACCACCAAGCCCGGCAAAGGGGAGGAAGGUUGGAAGCUUGAUAAGCUUGGGGUUGGACCAUCUCUUCAAGAGGAAGUCGAGUUCGGCACAUGUAGCAGGGGAAGCGGGGUAUCAGCUUAGGAUGAUGAACAACCGUCUGAUCCAGUGGAGAUUCAUCAACGCGAAAUCAGACGCCGUCAAUCAAGUCAAGCUCGCCAGUGCCCAGGCGCAGCUGCUGAGCGCAUGGGCCAGAAUCUCAGAGCUACAGAGGAGGGAGGCGCACAAAAGGGUGCAGCUGCACAAGGAGAAGCUCCAUCUUAAGCUUCGCUCCAUUCUCUCUUCCCAGAUGAAGGGACUGGAAGGAUGGGGGGCCAUGGAGAGGCAGCACGCAUCAGCCCUCUCGACCACCAGCGACCGACUGCAGGCUGCAGUCUCCAAGGCGCCUCUUACUGAUGGAGCUACGGCGGACCUAAAGCCUCUCUCCUCAACACUUCGACAAGCGAUGGAUCAUACUGGCACCAUCCAGACUGCAAUGAAUGGAUUCAUACAAACAGUAAGUAACAUUUUAGCACAAUUAAGAUCUUCUGCUAACGUAAUGUGGUUAAAGGCUCAGAAAAUAGCACCAAUGUUACUGGAUCUCACACGGGUGGUUAGCAGCGAGCAAGCUCUUCUAGAGGAAUGCUAUGAACUUCUAGGUUUCGCUUCCACACUACAAAUGGAAGAGCAAAGCUUGAGGUGCCAUGUAAUCCAACUAUACAAUAAGAGACUGGGAAAAGGCUAA